GAAGAUGUCUGUGUGCAUGGAGAGAAUGGCAGAGGAGCCGAUGAUCAGGUCCUCCUAAAAUACCUCUUUGUUUGUGUUUUAUCAGAAAAUUAAGUGUCCGUUAGUUCUCUUUUUGCAUAAAAUAAAGCCUACAUUUGACCGCGGAAGGAUACAACAUUUCAGUGGGAGGAGAUGUACCGCGGUCGGCCGCCACCGAGAGGCGCCUACAGGCCACCGUUUGAAGGCCGAGGUCCGCCGCCGUCCAGGCCUUACCCACCAGCGGACUACAGAGACGACAGGAACCGGCCCAGGCCUCCGUACCAUCCCGGCUACCACGACCAUGGGCAGCCAGACUCCUACCGCCGCUCCCCGCCGCGCAGGAGGUAUCCUUCCCCUGGGUCAGGAAGCCAUCCAGGCGGGGAGUACUGGGCCGGAGGGUCCCCGAAUAAAAGGUCUCUGUCGCCACGUGGAUCCCUUGAUCACAACCUGGUCAUCACCGUUGGCAACGAGUUAACUGGACCUUCUGGCUCCACCUCCUCACGCCCCCAUGACAGAGAUUACCCUCCCAGACCCGAGUACGAGAGAAGCAAGAGUCAGGGCCGUAGCCGGCCUCGCAGCCAAAGUCGGAGUCCAGAUCGGGGCCGUGCCAAGAGUCGAGGACGCAGCAAGAGUCGAGCAAGGAGCAAAAGUCGGGCUAGGAGCAAGAGCCGCCCUUGCAGUCGCAGUCGUAGUCGUAGUACGGAUAGAGGCCGGGCCAAGAGCCGAGGCCGGAGUAGGAGUCGCAGUCCGGACCGGAGCCGGGCAAAGAGUCGGGGCCGCAGUAGGAGUCGCAGUCCGGACCGGAGCCGGGCAAAGAGUCGGGGCCGCAGUAGGAGUCACAGUCCGGAUCGGAGCCGGGCAAAGAGUCGGGGCAGGAGCAAAAGUUGCCACCGUAGCAGGUCUCGAACCAGGUCCAGGUCUAGGUCCAGGUCAAGAGGACGGAGCUACAGCAAAGCGGCGAGCCGCGGACGCAGUAAGAGCCGGCGAAGGAGCCGCAGCAGGAGCAGUAGCUCCAGCUCCAGCAGUAGCAACAGCAACGACAGUGAGGGGAAAUCUGCGAAAGAGUUCAGAGAGUUGCAGACAGCUCGACGCAGGAAGGAGCUGGAGGAGUUGCUGUGUCAGCCCACCAAGUCUAUCCUGAAGAAACGCAACGACUCAGAGGAUUCGCCAUCAGUACGGAGUCUGGAUUCUCCCCGGGGUGCAGAGAGCUCCAGCAUCUCUCGGAUGGCUGACCAGCUGCUGAAGGCCGUCAAAGGCAUGGAGCCUCACAUGGUAGCCACCAUGUUGUCAGAGUUGCGCUCUGACCCUCACAUGGCUCAGCGAGCUGGCCUCGACUUGGAGCUCAAAGAAAUCCUGAACCUGCUGGGGGGCCAGGCAACAGGGGCAAAGGCUGAGGAGAAGAGUUUAGACGACAUUGAUGACGAGGAGAAGUUCCUGUACGGAGACUCGGAGGAGCCAAAUCCACCGCCAUCAGCUGAGCCAGUCCGACACCAUGGGCUGGACCUUUACGGAGACGUGACAGAGGAGGCGCUGUAUGGAGACUACCCCCCACAGAUGACCACCAGCAGCCACAUGUACGGGCUCCCACCUGGGGCCUCCCCUCAUCUUUCAGUGCCCCCGACCAUGGCGGAGGUGGACAUGAGGUACACCAGCCAGCCCGUCAUCAGCCCCGAGCAGAACAUCCCACACCAUGCAUCAAACCCCGCCUACCUGCCAGGGACAGAGCCGCUGGAGGAGAGCGAGCGUAAGGCCGUGGAGGAGUAUGAGAAGAUCCAGGACCUACUGAAGACCAUCGGCCUGGAUCUGGGUGUGACAGAGAUCAGCAAGAUGGCUGCCAGGACCAGAGAGCGUCUCCAUGGUAGCAAGCCCCCUCCAAAAACACCCACACGCAGACGCUACUCCUCUGGGAGCUCUGAUGACAGUCGGCGCAGCCGGGGCCGUAAGAGGCGGAGCCACAGCUCCAGCAGCAGCAGCAGCAGUAGGAGUCGGAGCGGCGCUCGGGGGGCAAGCUGGAGCAGCGACGACAGUCGCAAGAAGACCUCGGCCCCAUCCAAAUCUCACAAAGAACGAGACUCCAAGGAGACAAAGCCUGAGCGCAAAACUCUGCUGCCGACGCCAGCGCCACAAACCACUGACCCUAACAGCCUCCCCCUUCAGGCAGGUGCCCCCAUACCCACAUACCCCCCCCCACAGGUCCACAACAUGAUGCCCCCCAACUACCCCCCGCCAGGCUACAGCCAGUAUGGAAACUACCUACCCUACAUGCACCAGCAGUGGCCCCCCAUGUACCCACCCCCCAUGACCGUUCCUCCACCGAGUGGUCCGGAGGAGUUUCCUCCCACAAUGCCGUACAAUCAGCCAUACAGCAAACCGACCCCAGAGCCGGCCCCCAAAGGUCGACCUGACCAGGGUCUGGGGAAGAGUUCGGCUCAGGAUGUGGAGAAGCGUGAAGGAGGCGCUAAAAAAAGCAGCCAUGACAGGAGAUUCUCAGAGGAGGAGAACAACGAGAGCCAAAAGCAGAAGGUCCUGGAGGAGAGAGAAAAGCUGAAGCAGGAGAGAGAGCUGAGGAUGAAGAAGAAAGAAUAUCUGAUGAAGGAGCUGGAGAGACUCAGAAAGCAGCAAGGCGAGCUCCUCAGAAAGAAGCGCAGAGAGCGGGACGGACACAAAGACCCCCUGCUCCAGGAGAUCAGCCACCUACAGGAGGAGGUCAUGGCUCAGAUCUCCAACCUCCGCAAAGAGCACGAGGCAGCUGAGAAGAAACGCAGCGAGAUCGAAAAGGUCGCAUUAAUCCUCGGCUUGGACCCGUCCGAUCGUCCGCGCAAGACGAGCAAGCCAGCUGAGGAUCAGGAAGAGCAGCCGUCAAAGCUCACCCCUCCACUGGAGAAGAAGAAACGAAUGGCUGAGAGGAGUCCUGAGCAACGACAGGCAGUUGCCAGCUCGCCCAUAAAGACGUCAGUGGAACCAGUGCCUGCACCAAAAGCAUCCGUGGACAAGCCGCCCGUCAGUGCCCCGCUGCCGCUGCCUUCUGUCCCGCCUCCAGAGCCUUUUGAUUACUAUGACGCAGGAAACCACUGGUGCAAAAACUGUAACGUCACCUCUGGUUCCAUGUUUGAUUUUUUCACGCACUUGCACAGCAAAUCGCAUCGCAAGACUUUGGAUCCCUACGACCGGCCCUGGGCUUCCACUCCUACCAAAAUCAGCAAGAAAUCUUCCUCAGAGGAGAAGCUCACUAAACCAGCCAAAGGAUCCGAGUUCUUGCUGCCGGUCCGAGGUUUCUUCUGCCUGCUGUGUAAAGAGUUUUUCGGAGACGCCAUCUGUGCAGAAGAGCAUGUCACGACACAUAACCACAAUGAAAAUUACAAGAAACAAAUGUACGAGAAUCCCUUGUAUGAACAGAGAAGGAACCUUGACCGGCAGGCCGGGCUGGCCUUAGAGACAAGCGGGAAGAAACGCAAACAUGAGGAUGAGAAAGGCAGCAAAGACAAGGAGGAAAAGGCCAAACACAAGAAGGAGAAGAAGGACAAGGAGAAGAAGAAAGAUGAAGAUGGCUCCGAUCAGAAGGAGGAGAAAUAUAAAUCCAAAAAGGAAGAGCCAGAGGAAAAACCAAAGCUGGUUAAAAAAGAACAGGAUUAUCGAGAUGCAGAGAGGCCUGUUUACAGCAAAAAAGAUGAAAGUGAAAAGUCUAAAUUCAGCAAAAAGGAUGAUAAAUACCGCUACAGCAGAGAGGAAGAGGAAACAGGGAAAUACGGCAAAAGAGAAGAAGAAGACAGAUAUAAAUACGGUCGGGAAGAGGACUAUCGUUACCGAUAUCGCAAGGACGAAGUUGACAGAUAUGAUGACCAUCCCAAAUAUGGUCCUAGAGAUGACGACAACCGUUUAAAAUAUGGUAAAUAUCCCGAUUUCAAAUCGAAGAAUGACAGAGAGCGAGAGGAAGGGAAACCUAAAGCUCAGAGAGAAGGCUUUAAAAAGCCUGGGCCAGAGAAACCAGCAGCAAAACCAGAAGUAAUCAGACCUGAACCUCCACCAAAGCCCUAUGAGCUGCCAAAAGUCUUCUGUGGACCCAGUCCUGCCAUGAGGGCAAAGCUUCGCAAGCAGAACCAGGAGGCUGGCAAGCCUGCAAACCUUGCUGGAACCACUUCCUUCGGAAAGUUCACAUGGAAGAAGAGGGAGAAUGUUCUGGCCAAGGAGGCACAAAAAGCAGCUGCAGAGUUUCUGAAGGAAGAUGAAGACGCUGCACAGCAGAAACCUGCUUCUGUGGAAGAUUCUUUUGCAAAAUCAAUGGCUGUGGCCAAAGAGAUUGCAGAGAAGAUUGGUGGGCCAUCAAACAUGCCUCCUCCCUGGGUAUCAAACUAUGGCAAUCGAGGAAGAAUACGACCCAACCUCCGUGCACCUGCAGCAGUAAUGCGGAGAGCAGCAAUGAUGGGUAGACCCGCACCUCUAAACACCUUCCUCUCCAUCAGGCCCCAAAACCAAAGUAUUCUAGGGGCUCCUCCAACAAACCUCCCAUCAUUAAGGGAGAUGGCAGAUGCUAUGUGUUUACCAUACAGGGGCCCUUCUGCAACAUCAACAGCUGGCCCUCAGGCAUUUGGUCCCCCCACUACCCUUUUAACAUCAAUGCCUGAACCUUCGAAGGCUAACACUGAUCUACCAGUCUCUGAACCUGCACCAGCUGUUCCUAAACCUGCAGAGUUAGAGAAUAAAAACCAACAAUCUACGUCAAAACCUGCGGACCUUAAAACCCCACAAACCCCAUCUAAACCUGUAGAAACAGACAUUAAAACUCCUCAACCCAUGUCUAAACCUGCACCAAUUGGGGUCCAACCCCCACCGACGGUGUCUAAACCUGCAAUAAUCAAUGCAAAGCCUGCACCAUCUGAUUGCAAACCUUCGCCAUUUCAAGCUUCCUCUGCACUCUCAUUUGUAACUACCUCUGCUCCUACUGUGGUUAAACCUACACAGCCAGCAAUGAUGAAAUUCAUCCCUGACGUGGCAGCUCCUGGUGUACCAGAGAGUGAGCAGACACAUGCUGUGUUUGUAAAGCCUCCACCUAUCAUGAAAAAGGGUGAGGGGGCUCAAAAGUCUGAAAAACUAAGAAGUAACUUGGCUGCAGCCAAAGCCAAGGACUUGUUCGACAUCUUCUACAGUAGCAUUGGCCAGUCAAACCCCUCAUCAGUCACCAAAACAACAACGGACACAAAGGCUGAUUGUACUACCAAUAAAAGCCUACUAACUACCCCUCAAACACCAAAAACACAACCUCCUGAUUCCAAGUCUCAGUCCCCAUCUGUGGUUUGUACAGUUCCACAACCAGAUUCCACCAUUUCCCCACCCAGUUCCCAAUCCCUGCCAGAAGCUGACAAGAACCAACCCAGUCCCCAAACCAAGCCAGAAGCUGACAAGAACCCACCCAGUUCCCAAACCAAGCCAGAAGCUGUGAAGAAUCCACCAAAUUCCCAAAUUCAGGUGGAAGCCGACAAGAAUCCACCAAGUCCUCAAAUCCAGCAGGAAUCCGAACUCAAAAUUUCCUCUGUUUGGUCAUUGCAAUCUCCUACAUUUGAGAGUGCUCCAUCUCAAAAAAAAUCAAAAACCAACCAAUCUGAUCCACUAGCCUCAGGUGAGGCUCAGAAUGCACUUCAAAACCAGCCCUCGAUUCCUACAUCUGCCCCUCACAUUACAGCACAAACAGAUGCUGAACUGGAACCUGCAUCUCAAAGUCAGUCCCAGCCAAUCCAAACCAAUUUGCAGUCGGAAACCCUGGACACCCAGUCCCAUUCAGAUCCAGAGACUCCUCUAGAUGCUGCUCCAGUGCCAGAACCCAAAACAGGCAGAAAACCCAGAGGCAAAGCGACUCCUGCAAAGAAAGCCACUCCUGCUACCCGCCCUGUUCGACAAACUAGAUCUCAAACCAGAUACCAGACCAGAAAUCAGCAACACAGUCAGUCGGAGCCUGAGCUUGCCUCAGGGGAUUCAGACUCAGCUGCUUCAGAUGCAAAGGGGCUCGACACAUCAGAUCCUGGCCCUGGAUCGGAGGCAGAGGAGGCAGCAACCAGUGAAGGCGACUCCCAAGUGACUGAGAUCACUCCUGAAACCUUGGGCCUCCCCCCAGACAUGACCUCUCUGGACUUUGACUAUAAUUUCAGUUUUGAAUAGGAAGUCACUGAUCACUUUGAUGAGUCCUCCUGAAUUACUGAUCCAGGACUUCAGUGAUUUACUGGACACAAAGGCAGCUGGAAGUUGUGAAAAUGGCACUCAGACAGAGCAGACUUUUAAAAACCUCCAUUCGGAGGGUUUGCCUUUAGGGGAAACUUUGUCAUCUCUUUUAAAGUCUAACAUUUAACAAUUGACAAUUAAGCCCAUCACAAGCGAGGACGACCCAACAACAAAUUCUGGAUUUAAAUUUUGCCUUUUUUUCCCAGUCAGAUAUAAUCUGUCUGGACUUCCCUUUUCAACCAAAUCAUACUUUAAAAGAAAUAACCCAUAAUGCAUUUGAAUGACUUAUACACAAAUUAACCUAACGGCUAAAAUCCCUCAAGCCAAAGUCAGACAUUAUCUUUUUGUCUGUAACAGUGGUUGAUGUGUCAGAUAAGGCAGUUGUACUUAGACUUGAUGGAAAGCCACGAAAAACUACAUGGUAGAACCAAAUGUGAUAGUGUUGGAAGAAAGAGCAGCGGGGCCUAGAUAAGGCCAAGAAAGAAGACUGUAAAUAUACUGUAUUUACGGUUCUAUUCCACAUCUGUUUUUCAAACUUGAUGAAUGAUAUGGUGGCCCACUGCUAUCAUUACAGCAGUUACCCACUGGGUUGCGGUUACCUUAUUUAUUCUUUUUUCCCACCUUUGUUGUCGUCCCUCAAUGAUGUAUCAUAAAGGCAGGGAUAUUGUAGUUUCAUCUCGUCACCAACUUCAUCACUCCUUUUUACCUUCAACAUUUGCACUCAUGACUUUUGGCCUCGCAGAGCGCUCUGUGCUUUCGUAGUUCUAUGGCGCUAACAUUACGGAUCAAAUUGCAGAAGGCAGAAAGAAAAACCAAACAUGCUAGACUUUUCGUCAGAGGCGUCCCAGAUGUGGCUUUGGUAGUUAUUAACUACCAAACGGGGUAAGACUAUUGCAUGUAACAGGUCCUGAAACACUAUGACUACAGGAUAGGGCUUUUAAUUCUGCUUAAAGCAAUAGUCUGACCUCGACUUUUGAAUGUCAAGUGGCACCAAGUUUCAAUAGAGCUCAACAGUGUGGUUCUGGAAGUAAAAAUCCUGUUUGUUUUCUCCAUAGCAGAUUUGAUUCAAGUUAUACUGACCAUGAGCUACCUGAGAGUGAAAUGACAGUAUAUGCUCCUGCAGAAGACUUAACGUUUUUUCAGAUAUCUACCUAAUUUUAUGAUAGAGUUUGUUCGCUCAGCCAAAAAUAUUGCAAUGCUCACAAUCCUGGAAUGUCACAGCGAUGUCUCUGAUAGGUGGGGUGUGUGGCUACUAUUGCGAAAGCCGUCCACUGUUGACAAUACAUGCCUCCACAGCACUAAAUACGAAAAUAAGAAAUAUUAGAACAUUAUCAUUCAAAAUGUGAAGUGUACAAUGAAGAUAAGUGUAGAAAAGCUUGAAAAACUAUAAACAAUGAAUACAAUAAAUUGCAAGGGUUUGUGGGAUAUGUUGUUCAUUCCUCCUUGUCGAAAUGUGUGCACAGUCUUGAACCUUUGCCUUUUUCUCCAUUUUCGAAGGCCAUUUUUUGUGCGUUUUAUUGACAUGAGUACUCAGGUAUCUGUUUAGCUUGGUUCAUGCAUUUAAAACAUUGUAAUAAAGGUUUAUUGACGUGUAUGGGGGAUUUGAACGUCGAUUUUCACUUCCAGAACCAACGGAAGUUGGUGAGUGCUGCUAAGCUCUUUGGUCUUUCCUGUCUGGGAUAAUGGGGUUAUAAUCAAUUAGAAAAAUGUACAUUGGCCAUCACUUGUGUAAUUUUGACUCAACAGUUGAAUAUGGUGAAAUCAUUGAAAGCUACAUGAUACAAGCAAAAGGUAUGAUCUGGUUUUUUUUUUUUUUUUUUUGGAUAGGUUAGUGGCCUCCAGCCCAGGAUGAUGGGAAAAAAUUGUAACAUGGGAGGAUAAUUAACAGAACAGGGUUUGCUCUACUAGAUGUCAGUUUUCCUGUCUUAUAGGAUAUUUUGUUGCUGAAAUUGCUCAAAAGAAAACAUUUGACACAUAGAACUAUUGCCACAAUAUGUAUCGGAAAAAAAUGUUGGGAUCAUCAUUUAUAUAUAAGAAGUGUAAAACAUAAGUUCAGCCAUGGUUUUGAAACCAGUGUUUGAUUUUGACAAAAAGUGACCAAUUUGGGAAAGAGGGAAACACAUUACUAAACCUCAAUUCAUAUUGACGUGGUUUAUUUAUGGCCAUUUUCUCGGAAAUAUUCCAUUUACUGUCUUGCUAAUGAAAGAGCUCUCCUCUUUGCAUUUUAAACAGUCUUUAAAAGCAGGAGGUGCACUUCUUUUAUAUGCCAUACGAUGAGAGCAGGUCUUAGUUUUAGUCAAGUUAUUUUCACUUAUCACCGCUGUCCACAUACUUUUAGUCAUGUAGCAUGAACCAGACUCCAUGAUUCACUUAUGCUGAUGAAAUAAUUCAUCGUGUUUUUGGAUAUUCACCUUCCUGCUUUGACUACAUUGAAGAAAGAAGGACUUCCUUGGAAAUCGUUUGUCUUUUUUCAUGUUCGUAGGUUAAACCGCCUCUCUUCCUCCUCUUGCAGGUAAAGUUUUGUACUCAUUUGUUGUUUUCUUGUUUUCUAUUACAGUUCAGACACCUGUCAGUUCAUUUCUGUCCUCUUUGAAUUGUGAUGAUGUGUUUCUGAUGCAGAGUUCAGCGGUGAAAGAAAAGUCGCAGCAUGGACCAAAACAGUUAGUUUGAAAGCUGCGUUCUUACUUGUUAACUGAGGACUAAGGCGGGGAUUCCUCUAAAACUUCAUCGCGCUUCCCCCGGAUGUUUAGGAGACUGUUGGGAACUAGCAUCUCUGUGGGGGUCAGAGAUCAAAUAUACUGCUGGUCUUGUAAAAUUUUGUUGCUUCUCGUAGAGUUUUAAUAAAGUUGGU